ACAAUUCAGCUCCAUUCCCUCCUUCUCUCUCCUGCAGGCCACCAUGAGCACCAGCCGCCCCGAGCCAGGUGCCCGGCCAUCCUGGAGCCCCCGCCCGCAGCCCCUGUCCCGGAGCUCGUCCAGCCUGCUGGGUGAAGGCCAGGGGCAGAGACCAGAGCUCCGCAAGAGUGCCAGCAGCACCGUAUGGCAGGCCCAGCCGGGCGAGGCCAGCAGCAGUCCGCAGAGUCCAGAGGAGGAGGAGCAGCACACUGAGAGCGAGGAGCAGGCACAGGCAUCCAGCCCCCAGCCCCGGCCCCGUGCUGUGGGCCACUGGCGGAGCAGCACUGUGGGCAAUGUGUCUACCGUGGGCGGUGGUGAUCUGUGUCGCCUGCGGGCCCCUGGCGCCACUGCCAUGCAGAGGAGCCACUCGGACCUGGUCCGUAGCACCCAGACCCGGGGUCGCGGUGCUACCCAGAAGGCCAGCCUCAGCUGCUCGGCCCUUGGCAGCUUGCCUGUCCACAGGGCUCGGCUGCAGCCCAGCCGUACUUCUGGCCAGGGAGGCCAGGCCCCUGCCGGCCUAGAAAGGGACCUGGCUCCAGAGGAAGGGUCUUCGAACUCAGCCUGGACACUGGGAGAGAGUCAGGUGAGGGUAACACCACCAGACCUGGGAGGGACAGCGCCCCCCAGCAGCAGCCCCCAGGUCGGACCCGAAGCCACUGGGCAGCCGGCAACCGCCUCCUGCCACGCCCUGUCUGCAGCAACUCUACUGUGCGGGAUGAGGGAGGUGGGGACCAGUGGCUGCUGCCACGCCCUGCCAGCCCCAGGGAUCCUGGCCUUCCCCAAGCUAGUGGCCUCUGUGAGUGAGUCUGGGCUACAGGCACAGCAUGGGGUGAACUUCCAGUGUAGGUUGCCUGGGGUGCUCCCUGGGCAUUCCCGCUGUUGUGCCCACCACCCUUGGGGUCCCACCGGGUCAGCCACCGAGCCUGGUGCCAGGACCAAGGAUGUGUGGACCAUGACCUCAGCCAGUGACUUGGCCCCUGUGUUGGCAUCCUCUCUGUCAGCCCAGGAUGCUGGUGUGCAGGCAGCGCCCAUGGCUGUCUGCAAGGCUGUGGCCACCAGUCCGCCCCUGGAAGGCCCUGCGGCCCUGCACACAUUCCCGGAGGUAACCGUGGGGGCCGACCUGGAGGAGGCACCCUCCCCCGUGCGGGAUGUGCGAUGGGAUGCUGAGGGCAUGACCUGGGAGGUGUACGGAGCUGCAGUGGACCCUGAGGUGCUGGGCGUGGCCAUCCAGAAGCAUCUGGAGAUGCAGUUUGAGCAGCUGCAGCGGGUGCCCACCAGCGAAGACAGCCUGUCAGCAGAGGGCCGGCGGGGGCCGCUGCGAGCCGUCAUGCAGUCCCUGCGGCGCCCCAGCUGCUGCGGCUGCUCUGGUGGAGCUCCCGAGUGA